AUGGGAAACACUGACAGCCAGUACAGCAGCUUCAACGUCCCUGGGAAACCCAAACCCUGCUCUCAAAAGUUCCACUCCAUUAAGGAGGAGGUCCUGUCCCCCUAUAGCUGGUGGAGGGGCAGCGAGGGGGGUGGCCAGGGGAACAAAACCAGAGGCAAGGAAGGGAGGGUCUGCCUGCCCCAGCACAAGAUCACUCACAACCAACCUUAUGGUUCGUUGCGACACUAUGAGCACCACAUCGCCAAGGAGGGCAGGGGACUGGGAGGGCCCCCAGGAGCCAAGCUGAAGCCCAGCUCUCCGCAGCGUUGUGGCAGAGGGGACAGCUCCCAAGUGACCAGGAAAAGCAGUUGUCAUAAUGGCUAUGGUUUCCUGGAGAGUAGCGGGGAGAAUGUGAACGGUCUCGGGGCUAACGGACAGUGCAACCCUGAGAUGACUUCUCUGUGUGAGCCAAUAGAGAGCCGCAGCAGCCCCAAGGUGCUCCUCAGUAAGGACGGCAGCAUGCAUGUGGAGUUCACCAACGCCAGGAGGAUGUCUCUGGAGCCUCAAGGUCUUUCAGGCCACAGCCACCCCGCGGUAGCAACCCCAGAGCCCUCUCUGACUAGGACCAGUAAAGGUAGCUCGCUCAGCUCCGAGGGGUCCUGGUACGACUCUCCUUGGGGGAACACCACAGAGCUCAACGACAAUGUGUUCACAUGUAGUCAGACUGCAGCGAGGGACAACAGUAGUGGCUACACCACCUUCUCAUCCGCCCAUACUGAGGACAUCUCCACGGGGUUCAAGCCCAGCCUCCUCUUCCAGACUGUGGAUAGUAACGGACAAUAUACAAGCCGAGGGUUUAACAGCAAUGGGUAUAACACUUGCUCUUUGGGCCGCACUGAGGACAGUGGCAUCGGAGAUUCCAUGAUUCUCUACCCGGAGCAGAGUCCGUUUAGCCUCCCCUCCCCUCCCGUGUCCCUGUCUGACCUUUAUACUGACUCUAACCCCAGCGUGGCGGCUACGUACCCCACCGCUCAGUUCCAGGACAUCCCCCAGCACCGGGCGUCGCUGGCCUCGGUGCUGACCCUGGACGUGGUCGACCAGGAAGAGAGCUCAGAGUUGGGCGACCAGCGCUACUCCUCCACUCACAGUCACACGCUGCCCUGCAGGAGGGUCGCCGCCGAGCCCACCUCCAUCGCCGUCAGCAACAGCAGGAAGGACAACCUGAAGAGCCGCAUCCGGCACCUCAGCGACUGGACAGGAAGUCUGAGCAGGAAGAAGAGAAGACUACAGGUGAGGAAGGAGGGAAAGAAAGGAGAGAUGGAAGGAGGAGGGGAGGGUACAUAGUGAAGGGGGGAAGGGGCUAAGACUGGACAUGUAGUGUAGACUCUUUAUCAGAUUACCUGUUCCCAGUUACCUAUGAGAUGAGACUGCUGGCUGAGUAUGUGUGAUGGUAAUCUCAUUGUUCAGGUUGUUUUGGCCAACGUGAUUGACUGAUGGCCGUUGGCUCUUAGAUCCAAUCAGAUGAAGCAGAACACUGCAGUGUCACAGGAAUGUCUCUCUGUCUAAUAUCAUCCUAUGGCUCUUAAAUACCAUCAGGCUCACAGUUGUCAGACUGGAGCCUUGGAGAUACUCGUGUAGAUUGUUCUUUAAACAAAAUCAAGCAAGUGAGAGAAACACUCUUAAACACUACUAUGAAAGGAAAACCCCCACAAAAUAUAGUAUUCUAAAUCGUUUCAGAACCUUCUAUCAUUUUGACAGAUGUUAUGUAAGUCUCCUUAAGGCUUUGUAUCGAAUUUGAGGGGAAAGAUUUCAAAGGUUGGAGGUCAGAAAGGAAAUCUUCCCCGCUUCUUUUGUUGCCGGAGAACGGUACAUUAGGCCAGAGUCACACAUGACCAAGCAUUUCCAGCAUUACUUGAGCUAAAAUACUAUAGUGCCUUGAAUAGCCUUCAUUUGUCGACAGUGGACAAGAGGAUGCAAUCAGGUAAUAAUGAUGGUGUUAUAUGACUCCAUGGCGUUUUUUCUCUGUAUUGUAUAGCAGGCUGAGACCCUGCCUCCUGGCUAUGUAAGAGGAACCCUGUUUAUUGUUCGCUAUUAAUGAGAGAUUACGGUCACCGUUCUACUGAACCAGUGAUGUUAGGAAGGGCUUUGUCUUGUUCCAGUGGGAAUGGGAAUGAAUUAAUAGAUACAGCAUUUAAGAGCUUUAGAUCAGUGGGUCAAGAAUCGAGAGUACUCAUUCACAGGUGGGUUCACCCAAAGAUACCUACAGUAUAACUAACUUACCCUUUCAUCUGUGAGUCGAGACUAGAGCCUGAUUCCUUUUGGGUCGCAGUCUAAGACUAGGUCCUGGUUUUGUUUAUUUGUUGGUCACAAGAAACCUUUAAAAUGUUUAGGCGGAGCACAAGUCACAAAAAACCUUUAAGAUGUUUAGGCGGAGCACAAGUCACAAGAAACCUUUAAGAUGUUUAGGCGGAGCACAAGUCACAAGAAACCUUUAAGAUGUUUAGGCGGGACACAAGUCACAAGAAACCUUUAAGAUGUUUAGGCAGAGCACAAGUCACAAUAAACCUUUAAGAUGUUUAGGAGGGACACAAGUCACAAGAAACCUUUAAGAUGUUUGGGCGGGACACAAGUCACAAGAAACCUUUAAGAUGUUUAGGCGGGACACAAGUCACAAGAAACCUUUAAGAUGUUUAGGCGGAGCACAAGUCACAAGAAACCUUUAAGAUGUUUAGGCAGGACACAAGUCACAAGAAUGUUUGGAUAAUAUCCAUGUGUUCUGUUACCCGUACCAGGGACAUUGCAUGCUAUUAUUAUACGUGACUGAUUGUUACAAAGUAGAGUAUCAUGUUAGAGUUUCAUGUUAGAAUAUCUCACAAUACAUUUCAUAUUGUUUUCUAAUAGAAAUAGACAACAAUUGCAUCCUGUUCAGGAAAUGGUAGUCAAGAAAUAGAUGAGAAUGUGGCUCUUCUGUGUCCCUGAUCUUGUGAUAUUGUAAGAUGAUCGUUUAACUUUACACACAAAGGUCUAGUUAGUUAGCUAUUCAGACUUGUUUUCCUCCUCAAAACCAUCCUGCUCUCUCUCUAUUUCUCUCUCUCUCUUACUCUCUCUCGCUCUCUCUCUCUCCCUAGAAUCCUUAUGGUAGUCAGUCCAGUGAAGGCUUUAUCAGUGGAGUUGAUCCUGGGUUAGGUGACUCCAGCGCCCAGGUAACUGGUCCAGUAUGGAACCCCCUCCACACCCAGACCUUGUCAGUCCACUCUGGGGCCUCCAGGGUCCAACAGUGCCACAGCGACGCCUUGCGGCAGAACAUCUAUGAGAAUUUCAUGCAGGAGCUGGAGACAGGAGGCUACAGUGGGCCGGAGCAGACUGAGCCCUCGGAGGAUGGAGAGGGGGAGGACAUGGGAGGAGAGAGGGGAAUAGGAGAGGGGGAACAGGGGGUGAGCAGUGGCAGUGGCUCUGUGGGCUCUCUGGAGCAGCUGGACCUGCUGUUUGAGAAGGAGCAGGGGGUGGUGCGCAGGGCCGGCUGGCUCUUCAUCAAACCCCUCCUCACCCUGCAUAAGGACAGGAAGCUGGAGCUGGUGGCCCGCAGGAAGUGGCGGCAGUACUGGGUCACACUUAAAGGUAGGGCUCCCUCCGCCUUCCACCUGCACUCGCUGGAAAUAACCUGUAAUACAUACAGACAAUAGGGGUACAUCCCAAAUGGCACCCUAUUCCCUAUAUGGUGCACUUCUUUUUACCAGAGCCCUAGUGCACUAUAAAGGGAAUAGGGUGCCAUUUGGGAUGCUGCUUAGGUCCCUCUUGGGAAAUAAGUCUUCUGACCUCCAUUGGACAACCUGGUUAAAUAAAGGUUCAUUAAAAAUAAAAACAGCAAGAACAGCAUCUGUUGCUGCAUGCACAUUGUUUGAUAUAUGUUCUGUAGGUAUUCCCCCUACAAGGCUAUUGUUGACAUCGAGACAUUGUGUCAUAAUAUGGUACUAAAGCUGUGUCUUAGCUAAAGCCUCCUCUCCUCCCUGGUGCAUACAGGGUGUAGCCUCCUGUUCUAUGAGACCUAUGGGAAGAGCAGCUGUCCCGAGCAGGAGCUGUCUCCGCGCUACGCCCUGCUUGCUGAGGACAGCAUAGUCCAGGCCAUCCCCGAACACCCCAAGAAGGAGAACGUCUUCUGUCUGAGCAACGGCUACGGAGACGUCUAUCUGUUGCAGGUACGUUCUACCCUAGGCUCGCACACCAGAUUUCUCCCCAAGCUCGGAUGUACAGUAGCUACAGUGCCUUGCAAAAGUAUUCAACCCCCUUGGAGUUUUUCCUAUUUUGUUGCAUUACAACCUUUAAUUUAAAUUGAUUUUUAUUUGGAUUUCAUGUAAUGGACAUACACAAAAUAGUCCAAAAUGGUGAAGUGGAAUGAAAAAAAUAACUUGUUUCAAUAAAUUAUAAAAAAUAAAUAACGGAAAAGUGGUGUGUGCAUAUGUAUUCACCCCCUUUGCUAUGAAGCCCCUAAAUAAGAUCUGGUGCAACCAAUUACCUUCAGAAGUCACAUAAUUAGUUAAAUAAAGUCCACCUGUGUGCAAUCUAAGUGUCACAUGAUCUCAGUAUAUAUACACCUGUUCUGAAAGGCCCCAGAGUCUGCAACACCACUAAGCAAUGGGCACCACCAAGCAAGCAGCACCAUGAAGACCAAGGAGCUCUCCAAACAGGUCAGUUGCAAAGUUGUGGAGAAGUACAGAUCAGGGUUGGGUUAUAAAAAAAUAUCUGAAACUUUGAACAUCCCACGGAGCACCAUUAAAACCAUUAUUAAAAAAUUGAAAGAAUAUGGCACCACAACAAACCUGCCAAGAGAGGGCCGCCCACCAAAACUCACGGACCAGGCAAGGAGGGCAUUAAUCAGAGAGGCAACAAAGAGACCAAAGAUAACGCUGAAGGAGCUGCAAAGUAUCUGUCCAUAGGACUACUUUAAGCCGUACACUCCACAGAGCUGGGCUUUACGGAAGAGUGGCCAGAAAAAAGCCAUUGCUUAAAGAAAAAAAUAAGCAAACACGUUUGGUGUUCGCCAAAAGGCAUGUGGGGGACUCCCCAAACAUAUGGAAGAAGGUACUCUGGUCAGAUGAGACUAAAAUUGAGCUUUUUGGCCAUUAAGGAAAAUGCUAUGUCUGGCGCAAACCCAACACCUCUCAUCACCCCGAGAACACCAUCCCCACAGUGAAGCAUGGUGGUGGCAGCAUCAUGCUGUGGGGAUGUUUUUCAUUGGCAGGGACUGGGAAACUGGUCAGAAUUGAAGGAAUGAUGGAUGAUGCUAAAUACAGGGAAAUUCUGGAGGGAAACCUGUUUCAGUCUUCCAGAGAUUUGAGACUGGGACAGAGGUUCACCUUCCAGCAGGACAAUGACCCUAAGCAUACUGUAAAGCAACACUCGAGUGGCUUAAGGGGAAACAUUUAAAUGUAUUGGAAUGGCCUAGUCAAAGCUCAGACCUCAAUACAAUUGAGAAUCUGUGGUAUGACUUAAAGAUUGCUGUACACCAGCGGAACCCAUCCAACUUGAAGGAGCUGGAGCAGUUUUGCCUUGAAGAAUGGGCAAAAAUCCCAGUGGCUAGAUGUGCCAAGCUUAUAGAGACAUACCCCAAGAUACUUGCAGCUGUAAUUGCUGCAAAAGGUGUCUCUACAAAGUAUUGACUUUGGGGGGGUGAAUAGUUAUGCACGCUCAAGUUUUCUGUUUUUUUUGUCUUAUUUCUUGUUUGUGUCACAAUUUUUUUUAUUUUGCAUCUUCAAAGUGGUAGGCAUGUUGUGUAAAUCAAAUGAUACAAUGUAAGGCAACAAAAUAGAAAAAAUGCCAAGGGGGGUGAAUACUUUUGCCACUGUAAUGACUAUGUUGGUGUUGGUUGUGUCCUGUCUGGGUGUAUUGACGGCUUUACAGCUCCAUUGCUAUACUGUAUGUUCUAUAAGAGGGUGAAAUGGCAGGGUUGGGAAAAACGUCCCUAUUUCCCCAUAUAGUGCCCCAUGGGACCUGGUCAAAUGUAGUGCACUAUGUUAGGAAUAGGGUGCCGUUUGGGGUGCAUCCUGUGUGUCUGUUUGGCAAUAGGGUUCUUGGCCUCAUUUUUCCACAUUCGAGAGGGAAGGUAUUUUCACUUUAAUGUUCUUCACACUCAGUUUUACGAGCGUUGAAAGCACCUUCUUUUCCCCAGAGAGUAACAUUCAUUUGAUUUAGUUACCAAGUGUUUACCAGACACACAAAUCACACCGCAGGGCUGUAUAUACCCAACAUCACCAUGGCAAUGGGGAAACCUUGGCCUGUUGCACUGAGGCACUGAGGGAGUGAAGCAUUAUAGUGAAAGUGAUGAAUGUGUCAAGGGGCUUUUGUCUGGCACUUAAGGAGCCCCAUCUGGGAAUAGAGAGAGAAAGCAGAGUAAUGACAACCAUGUUCCCCUGCCCUUCCCUUGGCCUGGCACUGUGUCACCUGGCCCUAUGUUCCCCUGCCCUUCCCUUGGCCUGGCACUGUGUCACCUGGCUCUAUGUUCCCCCGCCCCAUGGCACUGUGUCACCUGGCCUCAUUCUUCCCCGCAGGCUGCCAAUCAGACGGACCUGGAGAACUGGGUGACAGCCAUCCACUCUGCCAGUGCCUCUCUGUUGGCCAAGAGAAAGGGGAAGGAUGACACGGUGCGGUUCCUGAUGAGCCAGACCGGCGCCCUGCUGCAGAAGAUAGACAUGGACAGCAAGAUGAAGAAGAUGGCUGAGCUGCAGCUGUCUGUCAUCAGUGACCAGAGGAACAGGAAGGCCAUCAAGAGCCAGGUGAGGCACUGGGAUUAGUUGAAACUGGGGUUUUAUGCUUUCAGACCCAAGCAAGAUGACAUAAGGAAAGUAAUUUGUAUUCCAGAUGUUCUUAGUCUAAUGGACUAGUACAACACAUUCGGUCCACUCCACUUAGAAGUCUGUUGUAAUGGGAAACCCAGAUGAGGGGGACAUUUUGCAUAACACACCAACUGCAGAUGAGGAGGACGUUUUAUUGCGUAACACACCAAUGCAGAUGAGGAGGAUGUUUUAUUGCAUGACACACCAAAUGCUAAUGUGUUGACAGGAUCCCAGUCAACAUGGUUGUGUCCCAAAUGGCACCCUAUUCCCUAUGUAGUGCACUACUUUUGACCAGGGCCCAUAGGGUUCUAGUGAAAAGUAGUGCACUAUAUAAGGAAUAGAGUGCCAUUUGGGACACAGCCAUGGCCAAGGGGUGGGUCAUCAUAUGCCCAGUUUGGGGGGUAAUCAGGGGAUAAAACCCCCAGCGCCUCUGAGUCCUACUGCAGCUGGCCUCAACUCAUCUCCAGGACCACUGGCCACUUUGGUGUCCAAUGGUCGGUCUCUCUGAAAGUGAUACCAAUUCUCUCUGCCAUUUGAAGUGAACAUCUUAGACCUCAUCUCUAGAUUACAACUCUAAUCUUACUGCUCUUCAAACAAUGACACUGUUAAUACACAUUCACCCUCUGUGAAGGGGAGGGAGAGAGGGAGGAGAGAGGGAGAGAGGGAGGAGAGAGAGGAGAGAGGGAGAAGAGAGGGAGAGAGAGAGGAGAGAGGGAGAAGAGGGGGAGAGAGAGAGUAGGGGGGGGGGGGGGGGGAUGAGCAAGAGAGAGUCCAUCGUUUGUCACCACUGGGUGUGUUGGAUAAGGGCGAUUUACUGUGAUUAUGUGGCAUAGCUCCAAUGAGCCAUGUGGCUUGUUCUGAAGUUAGAGACACCCCUAUAAAUGUGAGGGUGGAUGCCAUUCAGUCACCUCGUCACCCUCUGUGUACAGUCGUGGUCAAAACGUUUUGAGAAUGACACAAGUAUUGGUCUUCACAAAGUUUGCUGCCUCAGUGUUUUUAGAUAUAUUAUGGUAUACUGAAGUAUAAUUACAAGCAUUCCAUAAGUGUCAAAGGUUUUUAUUGACAAUUACAUUAAGUUUAUGCAAAGAGUCACUAUUGGCAGUGUUGACCCUUCUUUUUCAAGACCUCUGCAAUCCGCCCUGGCAUGCUGUCAAAUAACGUCUGGGCCACAUCCUGACUGAUGGCAGCCUAUUCUUGCAUAAUCAUUUCUUGGUUUUUGUUUAUCCACCCGCCUCUUGAGGAUUGACCACAAGUUCAGGGGGAUUCAUCAGAGAAAAUGACUUAACCCCAGUCCUCAGCAGUCCAAUCCAUGUACCUUUUGCAGAAUAUCAGUCUGUCCCUGAUGUUUUUCCUGGAGAGAAGUGGCUUCCUCGCUGCCCUUCUUGACACCAGGCCAUCCUCCAAAAGUCUUCACCUCACUGUGCGUGCAGAUGCACUCACACCUGCCUGCUGCCAUUCCUGAGCAAGCUCCGCACUGGUGGUGUCCCGAUCCCGCAGCUGAAUUAACUUUAGGAGACGGUCCUGGCACUUGCUGGACUUUCUUGGGCGCCCUGAAGCCUUCUUCACAACAAUUGAACCUCUCUCCUUGAAGUUGUUGAUGAUCCGAUAAAUGGUUGAUUUAGGUGCAAUCUUACUAGCAGCAAUAUCCUUGCCUGUGAAGCCCUUUUUGUGCAAAGCAAUAAUGACGGCACGUGUUUCCUUGCAGUUAACCAUGGUUAACAGAUGAAGAACAAUGAUUUCAAGCACCACCCUCCUUUUAAAGCUUCCAGUCUGUUAUUCUAACUCAAUCCGCAUGACAGAGUGAUCUCCAGCCUUGUCCUCGUCAACACUCUCACCUGUGUUAACGAGAGAAUCACUGACAUGAUGUCAGCUGGUCCUUUUGUGGCAGGGCUGAAAUGCAGUGGAAAUGUUUUUUGGGGAUUAAGUUCAUUUUCAUGGCAAAGAGGGACUUUGCAAUUAAUUGCAAUUCAUCUGAUUACUCUUCAUAACAUUCUGGAGUAUAUGCAAAUUAACAUCUUAAAAACUGAGGUAGCAGACUUUGUGAAAAUUAAUAUUUGUGUCAUUCUCAAAACUUUUGACCACGACUGUACUAUGGUGGGACCAGAGCCAAGUCAUGAGUAAAAACGUUUAAAAAAUGUGCUGCUGUUUUGCUUGUUUGCAGCGGGUCAUUUCAUUGUGUAAUGAUCGGAGGCCCUUUCGUAAUGUCACAUCACCAAAAGUUUCGGAAGUACAGUGAGGGGAAAAAAGUAUUUGAUCCCCUGCUGAUUUUGUACUUUGCCCACUGACAAAGAAAUGAUCAGUCUAUAAUUUUAAUGGUAGGUUUAUUUGAACAGUGAGAGACAGAAUAACAACAAAAAAAUCAAAAAUGUUAUAAAUUGAUUUGCAUUUUAAUGGGGGAAAUAAGUAUUUGAACCCCUCUCAAUCAGAAAGAUUUCUGGCUCCCAGGUGUCUUUUAUACAGGUAAUGAGCUGAGAUUAGGAGCACACUCUUAAAGGGAGUGCUCCUAAUCUCAGCUUGUUACCUGUAUAAAAUACACCUGUCCACAGAAGCAAUCAAUCAAUCAGAUUCCAAACUCUCCACCAUGGCCAAGACCAACGAGCUCUCCAAGGAUGUCAGGGACAAGAUUGUAGACCUACACAAGGCUGGAAUGGGCUACAAGACCAUCGCCAAGCAGCUUGGUGAGAAGGUGACAACAGUUUGUGCGAUUAUUCGCAAAUGGAAGAAACACAAAAGAACUGUCAAUCUCCCUCGGCCUGGGGCUCCAUGCAAGAUCUCACCUCGUGGAGUUGCAAUGAUCAUGAGAACGGUGAGGAAUCAGCCCAGAACUACAAGGGAGGAUAUUGUCAAUGAUCUCAAGGCAGCUGGGACCAUAGUCACCAAGAAAACAAUUGGUAACACACUACGCCGUGAAGGACUGAAAUCCUGCAGCCCCCGCAAGGUCCCCCUGCUCAAGAAAGCACAUAUACAUGCCCGUCUGAAGUUUGCCAAUGAACAUCUGAAUGAUUCAGAGGAGAACUGGGUGAAAGUGUUGUGGUCAGAUGAGACCAAAAUUGAGCUCUUUGGCAUCAACUCAACUCGCUGUGUUUGGAGGAGGAGGAAUGCUGCCUAUGACCCCAAGAACACCAUCCCCACCGUCAAACAUGGAGGUGGAAACAUUAUGCUUUGGGGGUGUUUUUCUGCUAAGGGGACAGGACAACUUCACUGCAUCAAAGGGACGAUGGACGGGGCCAUGUACCGUCAAAUCUUGGGUGAGAACCUCCUUCCCUCAGACGGGGCAUUGAAAAUGGGUCGUGGAUGGGUAUUCCAGCAUGACAAUGACCCAAAACACACGGCCAAGGCAACAAAGGAGUGGCUCAAGAAGAAACACAUUAAGGUCCUGGAGUGGCCUAGCCAGUCUCCAGACCUUAAUCCCAUAGAAAAUCUGUGGAGGGAGCUGAAGGUUCGAGUUGCCAAACGUCAGGCUCAACCUUAAUGACUUGGAGAAGAUCUGCAAAGAGGAGUGGGACAAAAUCCGUCCUGAGAUGUGUGCAAACCUGGUGGCCAACUACAAGAAACGUCUGACCUCUGUGAUUGCCAACAAGGGUUUUUCCACCAAGUACUAUGUCAUGUUUUGCAGAGGGGUCAAAUACUUAUUUCCCUCAUUAAAAUGCAAAUCAAUUUAUAACAUUUUUGACAUGCGUUUUUCUGGAUUUCUUUGUUGUUAUUCUGUCUCUCACUGUUCAAAUAAACCUACCAUUAAAAUUAUAGACUGAUCAUUUCUUUGUCAGUGGGCAAACGUACAAAAUCAGCAGGGGAUCAAAUACUUUUUUCCCUCACUGUAAAGUUGCUAAUAUGGCGAACUGUGUCAGAGUUGGCCAAACUCUCACUCUAUACUGUAUAUAUGGUUCUGGGUGUGACUGUGAGCAUGUGUUUCUGCCUUGCAUGGUAUCUCAUUGUCAAUAAGAGGAUGGAGAAGCCAUCCUGUCACCUUGAGAGUGACUGUAAUACUGUGUACUGUGAUGUGACCCUGUAUGUCUGUCUGUCUGUUUCUCCCCAGAUCCAGCAAUGGGAGCAGAACCUGGAGAAGUUCAACAUGGACCUGUUCCGGAUGCGCUGUUACCUGGCCAGCCUGCAGGGCAGUGAGCUCCCCAACCCCAAGAGUCUCCUGGCCGUGGCCGGAAGGCCCUCCAAGACCACCCUGGGACGCCUGGGGAUCUUCUCUGUCUCCUCCUUUCAUGCCCUGGUGAGGCCUGAUCUACUGCUUCACAUCCAUAUCAACCCUCAGCUUGGGACAUUGACAUUUCACACAUUUUCUGGACCAGUUCCAUUGAAAACUCCUUUAUUUAUCCCCUUUUAAGAAAGCAAUUAAGAAUGUUAUUGAAUGCGAUCUAUAUUUACUAUGAUCGGAAAACAUCAGCCUGUUCUCUGGUCAGAUUUUUUAUACAGAUAAAAUAAGUAAAACAGUGAAGUCUCUAACCACAGAAGUGAUGUCUUUUAAUGUCCUCAGAUCUGCACGCGUGACGAGGCGACCCUGCAGAAGCGUUGCCGAUCUCUUUCCCGAGGAACGCUGAACAAGAGGGGUCUCUUCUCCUCCCUCAAGCGUCUGGACAGCCUGACCAAACGCAGCAAGGAGAAGAGGCAGUCCGUGUCCCAGGUACUGUACAACCAACCUGCAACUUUCCUACAACCUUCUUACAACCUCCCUACAACCUUCCCACAACCUAUUUACAACUUUACUACAACCUCCCUACAACCUUACACUCCCACACCAUGUGAGUGGUAAAAGUAAAGAUUAACUAAUUGAGGAGGUAGAUGUUCUGUACUCGAUAAGCCUCUGGAUUACCCUCCCAAAGCUAUUAUUAGGUUAACUGAACCUAUCAGAUGGGAAAGAUCUGUGCGGGUUAGCCCCCCCCCCCCCCCCCCCCCCCCCCCCCCGUUACCCUGUUUGCCUUUUUCCUGUUCUCCUCCUUAUCACCUGUAUAAACAAUAUUUAUAGAACGUUUCUGGAGCCCUUCACUUUUUUGAACAGAGAGCCUGUUUGACAAAUCCAGCAGAGAAGAAGCGGAAUGUGUUUUAAGCACUAACUGACUCCUCACCAAGCCAUAAAUUAGCCAGACUGACGGGGUUGAACUUGCAACAUUUUCCAGCGGGAGAGAGGCAGGGGGUUGCUCGUCGUAAAGCUAUCUUUCCUGUACGUCGUUUGGUAACAUUCCAAACUGAGGCGAAGAGUGACGGAAUUGUUUUGUUUUGUUUUCCCCGGUCAGGGGCAGUAGUUAGCAACCUGCUGAAAUUCUCACCAUCAGUCAUUGAAGUCAAGUCAAUACUCUCCAACACCACUGUCCAAGCCCCAGCCCCCAGCUGUCCCAGCCACUGCCCCUGUCUUAGUCCCUGCUCAAGCCCCUAUUCCCCAGCAUCAGCCCCAGCACUAUUCCCCAGCUCCAGCCCCUGCUGCAGCCCCAACCCCUGUUCUUGUCCCAGCCCCUAUCCCAGCAUCAGCCCCAGCACUAUUCUCCAGCCCCUGCUGCAGCCCGAACCCCUGUCCUUGUCCCAGCCCCUAUCCCAGCAUCAGCCCCAGCACUAUUCCCCAGCUCCAGCCCCUGCUGCAGCCCCAACCCCUGUCCUUGUCCCAGCCCCUAUCCCAGCAUCAGCCCCAGCAUUAUUCCCCAGCUCCAGCCCCAACCCCUGUCCUUGUCCCAGCCCCUAUCCCAGCAUCAGCCCCAGCACUAUUCCCCAGCUCCAGCCCCUGCUGCAGCCCCAACCCCUGUCCUUGUCCCAGCCCCUAUCCCAGCAUCAGCCCCAGCAUUAUUCCCCAGCUCCAGCCCCAACCCCUGUCCUUGUCCCAGCCCCUAUCCCAGCAUCAGCCCCAGCACUAUUCCCCAGCUCCAGCCCCUGCUGCAGCCCCAACCCCUGUUCUUGUCCCAGCCCCUAUCCCAGCAUCAGCCCCAGCACUAUUCCCCAUCCCCUGCUGCAGCCCCAACCCCUGUCCUUGUCCCAGCCCCUAUCCCAGCAUCAGCCCCAGCACUAUUCCCCAGCUCCAGCCCCUGCUGCAGCCCCAACCCCUGUCCUUGUCCCAGCCCCUAUCCCAGCAUCAGCCCCAGCAUUAUUCCCCAGCUCCAGCCCCAACCCCUGUCCUUGUCCCAGCCCCUAUCCCAGCAUCAGCCCCAGCACUAUUCCCCAGCUCCAGCCCCUGCUGCAGCCCCAACCCCUGUCCUUGUCCCAGCCCCUAUCCCAGCAUCAGCCCCAGCACUAUUCCCCAGCUCCAGCCCCUGCUGCAGCCCCAACCCCUGUCCUUGUCCCAGCCCCUAUCCCAGCAUCAGCCCCAGCACUAUUCCCCAGCUCCAGCCCCUGCUGCAGCCCCAACCCCUGGCCUUGUCCCAGCCCCAGCUAUAGCGCCUGCCUUUCCCUCUCUCUGUCUGAUAAACAGCUAGCCUUCAGAGAGUGGUCUAUUUUGGGAUGUUGAUAGGAUAUGUUAUCUCUAGGACUCCAGUGAAGGACAAACCACACUGCUCACCAUCACUGUUUAGUUCUGUCCAGGGUGACAUUACAUUAGACAGACUGACUUGUAUAAUAUGAUGAUAGGAUAUACAGUGGAGAAAAAAAGUAUUUAGUCAGCCGCCAAUUGUGCAAGUUCUCCCACUUAAAAAGAUGAGAGAGGCCUGUAAUUUUCAUCAUAGGUAAACGUCAAAUAUGACAGACAAAUUGAGAAAAAAAUAUCCAGAAAAUCACAUUGUAGGAUUUUUAAUGAAUUUAUUUGCAAAUUAUGGUGGAAAAUAAGUAUUUGGUCACCUACAAACAAGCAACAUUUCUGGCUCUCACAGACCUGUAACUUCUUCUUUAAGAGGCUCCUCUGUCCUCCACUCGUUACCUGUAUUAAUGGCACCUGUUUGAACUUGUUAUCAGUAUAAAAGACACCUGUCCACAACCUCAAACAGUCACACUCCAAACUCCACUAUGGCCAAGACCAACGAGCUGUCAAAGGACACCAGAAACAAAAUUGUAGACCUGAACCAGGCUGGGAAGACUGAAUCUGCAAUAGGUAAGCAGCUUGGUUUGAAGAAAUCAACUGUGGGAGCAAUUAUUAGGAAAUGGAAGACAUACAAGACCACUGAUAAUCUCCCUCGAUCUGGGGCUCCACGCAAGAUCUCACCCCGUGGGGUCAAAAUGAUCACAAGAACGGUGAGCAAAAAUCCCAGAACCACAUGGGGGGACCUAGUGAAUGUCCUGCAGAGAGCUGGGACCAAAGUAACAAAGCCUACCAUCAGCAACACACUACGCCGCCAGGGACUCAAAUCCUGCAGUGCAAGACGUGUCCCCCUGCUUAAGCCAGUACAUGUCCAGGCCCGUCUGAAGUUUGCUAGAGUGCAUUUGGAUGAUCCAUAAGAGGAUUGGUAGAAUGUCAAAUGGUCAGAUGAAACCAAAAAAUAAAAAACUCAACUCGUCGUGUUUGGAGGACAAAGAAUGCUGAGUUGCAUCCAAAGAACACCAUACCUACUGUGAAGCAUGGGGGUGGAAACAUCAUACUUUGGGGCUGUUUUUCUGCAAAGGGACCAGGACGACUGAUCCGUGUAAAGGAAAGAAUGAAUGGGGCCAUGUAUCGUGAGAUUUUGAGUGAAAACCUCCUUCCAUCAGCUAGGGCAUUGAAGAUGAAACGUGGCUGGGUCUUUCAGCAUGACAAUGAUCCCAAACACACCGCCCGGGCAACGAAGGAGUGGCUUCGUAAGAAGCAUUUCUAGGUCCUGGAGUGGCCUAGCCAGUCUCCAGAUCUCAACCCCAUAGAAAAUCUUUGGAGGGAGUUGAAAGUCCGUGUUGCCCAGCGACAGCCCCAAAACAUCACUGCUCUAGAGGAGAUCUGCAUGGAGGAAUGGGCCAAAAUACCAGCAACAGUGUGUGAAAACCUUGUGAAGACUUACAGAAAACGUUUGACCUGUGUCAUUGCCAACAAAGGGUAUAUAACAAAGUAUUGAGAAACUUUUGUUAUUGACCAAAUACUUAUUUUCCACCAUAAUUUGCAAAUAAAUUCAUAAAAAAUCCUACAAUGUGAUUUUCUGGAAAAAAAUGUCUCAUUUUGUCUGUCAUAGUUGACGUGUACCUAUGAUGAAAAUUACAGGCCUCUCUCAUCUUUUUAAGUGGGAGAACUUGCACAAUUGGUGGCUGACUAAAUACUUUUUUUCCCCACUGUAUAUAGUAAGCCCACUUCCCCCCCCGACACAUGCUCUGUGUUGACAUUCUGAAAGAUACAUCUCACAGUCACACCUGGAGUCUGUUUAGUCACAUGGCCAUAUGCUGCUGAUCCAGACAGCAUACGUUGGUAAUCAGAGCCAUCACAGUAAUACAUGGUCGCUGUGUAAUAUAAUACACACACACAUACACUGAGUGUACCAAACAUUAAGGACACUUUCUUAAUAUUGAGUCGCACCCCCUUUUGCCCUCAGAACAGCCUCAAUUCGUCUGGGCAUACUCUACAAGUUGUCGAAAGCAUUCCACAGGGAUGCUGGCCCAUGUUGACUCCAAUGCUUCCCACAGUUGUGUCACAUUGACUGGAUGUCCUUUGGGUGGUGGACCAUUCUUGAUACACACGGGAAACUGUUGAGCGUGAAAAACCCAGCAGCGUUGCAGUUCUUGACACAAACCGUUGCGCCUGGCACCCUCCUACCAUACCCCGUUCAAAGGCACUUAAAUAUUUUGUCUUGCCCAUUCACCCUCUGAAUGGCACACAUACACAAUCCAUGUCUCAAUUGUCUCGAGGCUUAAACAUCCUCCUUUAACCUGUCUCCUCCCCUUCCGCUGCACUGAUUGAAGUAGAUUUAACAGGUGACAUCAAUAAGGGAUCAUAGCUUUCACCUGGAUUCAUCUGAUCAGUCUAUGUCAUGGAAACAGCAGGUGUCCUUAAUGUUUUGUACAUUCAGUGUAUAACGUGACGGCCUCUGGUCAUUGGACACAGGUCAAACGUACAGUAGUGCCCAAAUCCGUACAUGAUUCCCUCCUUAGUCAUGGGGCAGAUAGGAAGAGAUUUCCCAGCAGUGAAGUUCUUUGUUAUGCGCCUGAGUCAGAGAAAGCUUAAUCUCACUAUAGAGGCUAAACCACUCAAUGGAACAGAGAUGGAACAGACAUUAGAAGCCACAUGUGGUUAAUUAUUGUAAGCUGCAGCGUGCCAGCCCAACGGUGACAAACAGAUGGUAUGUGUAAACAGCCGUGCCGUCCACUAAACGUCCUAAGCUUUCUCCACAUUUACCAAAGGGACUCUACUCUGCACCCUUCUCUCUGCUAGCACAGCAGUUUAUUUUUAUUGUAGGGUGAUUGGGGGGUUUAUCACUUUAAGAGCCUUGUAAUUGCUUCCAGAGGAUCCGAAUAGUAUCAAAGCCUUUGGUUUUAGAUCAUUUUUUAUUAAAUGUAAAUAUAGACCAGGUAGUUAUUUUUAGUGUGCAUUUUGCUCCUUGAUCACUGAUUAAUGUGUAUGUGUGUGUUUUCCAUGUUGCAGGUUUUUGAAGGACAAAGUGUUGGAGUACCUGCUGGCCAUAUCCUCAACCACAGCAGCUCCGAGGUACAGUAAGCACUUUGUCCGGAAAACAUUUUCCAACAUGUUAACUCGUAAUUUCUGUAACCAGUGGAAAUAUGUGAACACUUCAUCUUUCACUAGCUAACCACAUUGCAAUAUUCUAUUCAACAACUUUAGGUUGUCAUGGAUACAUUUGAUACAUCAAUCUUUUUCCUCUUUGUUGAAGAAAGUCCCCUAAUACUGCCCCUAUGUUUGCCCUAGAACCAGGUGUUAGGGAGAAGUGCGUCCAAAAUGGCACCCUAUAUUCUAUAUAGUGCACUUCUUUUGACCAGUGCCCAUAGUGACCAGAGCCCUAUGGGCCCUAGACAAAGGUAUUGCACUAUAUAGGGAAUAGGGUGCCAUUUGGGACGUAGUCGAGGAGUAUUGUAGUUUAUUAAUCUCAGCCUAAUAGGGGAUAGUGAGAGUGGGGGGAUGUAGGAAGGGGGGGAUGCAGGGGGAGUGGGGGGGUGCUUUCUAUUCACACGGAGUCGGGGUUAGCACAGCUGUCACAACAGCAUGCUGAUAUGUUGACACUGCUUCAUGCAAACAGGCAGGCGUGAGGAGGGCAAAGAGCCUGAUUUAAUUUUUUGAACUUAAAACACCUAUUUAUAAAAUACCUAUUAUCAGUUAAGAAACCUAAAUGAACUCCUCCCUCUCAGAGAUUGGACACUCUUGCCAAAAUGCAGUUGAUAGCACCACCUGAAGGCAGCCCUUGGUACAGCAGUUUGGAAACUCCCGUCUGUGUGAAUAUGCCCGACAGCCAAACCGUUACUCUGCACAUCAAACCCGAUUUCCUCGUAUCAGACGUGCUGUCUUUGGCCUGUAAGGUAAGCAUACUGCAUCUAUCACCUCAUUAUUAAUACAUUUCAACACUCUCCUAACUCCCACGUCAGCAUUUUGCAGGUGAAUUCUCCAGUGACUGAUAUGGAUGUUCAAGGCAAAGAGGAAAUGAUAGGAGAGGAUUGUACAGAACAGCUACUAGUUUAAUUGCUCUGGAUUUCUCAAUAAUUAAUGCUUUCUCUCCAUAGAAAGUUCAUUCGCCAUAGCAUCCUUUUAGCUGAUAGGGAACAGGAAGAGUGCUAGUGGUUGUGUCGCAGUGUAGCUAGCUACCAUAGCUAAAGACGUUGAAGAUUUCUGACACACUGAGGAUACGUCCCAAAUGGCACCCUAUUCCCAAUAUAGUGCACUACUUUUGACUACAACCCCCCUAUGGGCCCUGGUCAAAAGUAGGUCACUACAUAGGGAUUAUGGAGCAAUUUGGGCCACACCCUGACUCAACCUCUUGGGUCUUGUUCUAGGAAGGGCACCUGGACCCGAGCCAGCACUGCCUGCGUGUGAGGAGGCUGGUGGGUCUGGACACAGAGACCAGCUCCCCAGCACCCACAGACCCACUACGAGACCUGGUAAGGCCCCAAGCUAUACAGUAGCAAUGGGGAAACACAAGAUCCAAUCACUGAUACAAGCAUUCAUCGAUUUAUUCAGUCACUCAUUGUGUUAUCUCUGAGUCAAUACUGACUCAACUUGCUCUUUAGUAAGUACAUUGAUUAUGUGUUGAUGAGUUCUUCUUCACUCUUCUAUGUGCUUCUUCUGAACAGGUGUAUGAAGAGCUAGAGGUCUUCCCACUCAAUGUUUUCACCAUACAACUGUCCCGCCCAAACACAGCAGUGGACUUUGGUGAGUAGGGAUCGUGUGGAGUGGGGAUCGUGUGUGUGUGUUUGUUUGUGUCUGUGUCCGUGUGUGUGUUGGCAAAAAAUAGCUAAUUUACACUUCAGUUGUCUUAUUACAGUAUAAUAUAAUGUGUUACUCUGUUUUAACCUCUGACCUAUCCCACCUGUAGGCUUUGCUGUGACAGGCCAUGUAGACGGAACCAGGAAAAGCCAUGUCUAUGUGAGUGAGGUCACCCCAGAGGAACUGGCUUUCACUGAAGGUACGUCAAUUCAUAGUUGUGGUGUGCUGGCGCUCUGACCAAGAUAAAAAAAAUUGUCUUAGGAAUGUAAAACUGCAAUAGUAAAGGUGGUUCAGGACGGCAGCUUAAAUCAAUUCAAUAUUUAACAUGGAGAAAUAAACUGACUGCAAGAUGGCAAGAUGGCGCCGACAGACAUGGCAGCUCUGCUUCUAGCUCCUAAGCAACUUUGCAGUAUUUUGUUUUUUUUGUGUGUUAUUUCUUACAUUAUUAGCCCAGAAUGUUUUUUGUGUUAUUACAUACAGCCGGAAAUAACUUUUGGAUAUCAGAGUGGCGGUAACUCACCAGCAUUACGAACAUUAAAACGACUUUCCCGAAUUGGAUCCUUUGUUCGUACCCCCCAGGGCAAUUGAACUUAUCCAAGAGGCUGCUCCAAGACGCCGCCGGCGGAGAAGAGGUAUUCGGAGUGGACUUCUAGUCCGACUCAGGAGGCGUGCACACCAUCCAGCACUUCCGAGUAUAUUACUCGCUAAUGUUCAGUCUCUGGACAAUAAAGUAGACGAGCUCAGGGCUAGGAUCUCCUUCCAGAGAGACAUCAGGGACUGUAACAUACUCUGUUUCACGGAAUCAUGGCUCUCUCUAGAUAUACUGUCCCCGUCCAUACAGCCAGCUGGGUUCUCAGUACAUCACGCAGACAGGAAUAAAGAGGAUAAAGAAGAAAGGUGGGGGGAUGUGUUUCAUGAUUAACUACUCAUGGUGUGAUUGUGAUAACGUACAGAAACUCAAGUCCUUUCGUUCACCCGACCUAGAAUACCUCACAAUCAAAUGCCGACUGUAUUAUCUCCCAAGAGAAUUCUCUUUGGUUAUAGUCACAGCCGUGUAUAUUCCCCCUCAAGACGGCCCUCAAGGAACUACACUGGACUUUGUGCAAACUGGAAACCACAUAUCCUGCGGCCGCAUUUAUUGUAGCUGGGGAUUUUAACAAAGCAAAUUUGAGGAAAACGCUACUGAAGUUCUAUCAACACAUUGACUGUAGUACUCUCUCUGCUAAAAUGCUCUACCAUUGUUAUUCCCCCUUCCGGGAUGCCUACAAGGCCCUCCCCCGACUUCCCUUUGGCAAAUCAGAUAACGACUCCAUUUUACUCCUCCCUUCCUAUAGGCAGAAACUCAAACAGGAAGUACCCGUGCUAAAAUCUAUUCAACACUGGUCUGACCAAUCGGAAUCAAUGCUUCAAGAUUGUUUUGAUCACGCGGACUGGGAUAUGUUCCGGGUAGCCUCUGAGAAUAACAUUGACGUAUACACGGACACGGUGACUGAGUUCAUCAGGAAGUGUAUAGGGGAUGUUGUUCCCACUGUGACUAUUAAAACCUACCCAAACCAGAAACCGUGGAUAGAUGGCAGCAUUUACGCAAAACUGAAAGCGCGAACCACCGCAAGGUCACUGGGAAUAUGGUCAAAUACAAACAGUGUAGUUAUUCCCUCUGUAAGGUAAUCAAACAGGCAAAACGUGGCCUCCCGAGUGGCGCAACGUUCUAAGGCACUGCAUUGCUGUGCUAGAGGCGUCACUACAGAUCCGGGUUUGAUCCCGGACUGUGUCGCAGCCGGCUGCGACUGGGAGACACAUUUGGCCCAGCGUCGUCCGGGUUAGGGGAGGGUUUGGCUGGCCGGGAUGUCCUUGUCCCAUCACGCUCUAGCGACUCCUGUGGCGGGCCGGGCGCAUGCACGCUGACUUCGGUCGCCAGCUGUACAGUGUUUCCUCCGACACAUUGGUGCGGCUGGCUUCCGGGUUAAGCAAGCAGUGUGUCAAAAAGCAGUGCGGCUUGGCAGGGCCAUGUUUCGGAGGACGCAUGGCUCUCGACCUUCGUCUCUGCCGAGUCCGUACAGGAGUUGCAGCGAUGGGACAAGACUGUAACUUACAAUUGGAUAUCAUGAAAUUGGGGAGAAAAUAAUAAUAAUAAUAAUAAAAGGCAAAACGUCAGUACAGAGACGAAGUGGAAUCGCAAUUCAACGGCUCAGACAUGAGACGUAUGUGGCAGGGUCUACAGACAAUCGCGGAUUACAAAGGGAAAACCAGCCACGUCGCGGACACUGACGUCUUGCUCCCAGACAAGCUAAACACCUUCUUCGCCCAUUUUGAGGAUAACACAGUGCCACAGACGCUGCCCGUUCCCAAGGACUGUGGGCUCUCAAAAAAACGAAGGAUCUGAUCGUGGACUUCAGGAAACAGCAGAGGGAGCACGCCCCUAUCCACAUCGACGGGACUGCAGUGGAGAAGUUGAAAAGCUUCAAGUUCCUCGGUGUACACAUCACUGACAAUCUGACAUGGUCCACCCACACACACAGUGUGGUGAAGAAGGCGCAACAGCUGAAGGAAUUCGGCUUGGUCCCUAAGACCCUCAUAAACUUUUACAGAUGCACAAUUGAGAGCAUCCUGUCGGGCUGUAUCACCGCCUGGUACGGCAACUGCACUGCCCGCAACCGCAGGGCUCUCCAGAGGGUGGUGCGGUGUGCUCAACGCAUCACUGGGGGCACACUGCCUUCCCUCCAGGACACCUACAGCACCCGAUGUCACAGGAAGGCCAAAAAGAUAAUCAAGAACAUCAACCACCCGAGCCACGGCCUGUUCACCCCGCUACCAUCCUGAAGGCGAGGUCAAUACAGGUGCAUCAAAGAUGUGACCGAGAGACUGAAAAACAGCUUCUAUCUCAAGGCCAUCAGAUUGUUAAAUAGCCAUCACUAACCGGCUACCACCUGGUUACUCAACCCUGCAUCUUAAAGGCUGCUGCCCUAUAUACAUAGACAUGGAAUCACUAGUCACUUUAAUAAUGUUUACAUACUGCUUUACUCAUUUCAUAUGUGUAUAUACUGUAUUCUAUUCUAAUGUAUUUUGGUCAAUGCCACUCCGACAUUGCUCGUCCUAAUAUUGAUAUAUUUCUUAAUUCCAUUCUUUUACUUUUAGAUUUGUGUGUAUUGUCGUGAAUUGUUAGAAUCUAUCUGAUACUACUGCCCUGUUGGAGCUAGGAACACAAGCAUUUCGCUACACCAGCAAUAUAAUCUGCUAAAUAUGUAUAUGUGACCAAUAAAAUUUGAUUCGAUUUUGACUUUAUAUCAGGAAUAGAACACACAGUACUGGUGAUGUAUUUUACUGAAGUAAAUCUAGUGGCAAACACUAACAGCCUGAUUAGUAAUGUAUCCUGUCUUUCCCUCAGGUCUGAGAGAGGGGGAUGAGAUCCUGUUUCUGAAUGGGACCAGUGUGUCCUCCCUGGACCUGGGUCUGAUGCACCUGUUGUUCAGCCACCAGACCCUCCAUCUGUUGCUUAGACGAGAGGACACGACCCCUGAGGACCAUACCUCUGUCUGGCCAGACUGUGACCCCUGGCAGCCAGCACCACCGCCACCCAGCCACUAUGAGCCCUGGCAGCCAGCACCACUGCCACCCAGCCACUGUGGCCCAUGUCUUACAGGUAAAUAUAGCACAUUCCUCAUCUUCAUACAGAUACUAUUAUUGACAUUGGGGUACUUCUUAACCUAUUUGGUUUACUGGAGGGCAUUAAUUGUCUUCUACCGGUAGGUUUUAUUUUUUCAGCACUAGAGGGCCUCAGGCCAAAGUAUCUUUGAUAAGCCAGUGUUUCUGUUGAGGGGAAUUUCAUGCUUCCCAGCCAAUUCCACAGGGUGUUUAGGCCUGGCUGGAGACAUUCAAAUGUCAAUUAAGAGGAUGUGAAGACAGCUGGCAUGUCUCACUGGUCUGGGCAGCGCAGCACGGUCACUCAAUGAUGGAGCUAGCUAGGAUCAUCAUUGUCUUCAUUACAUCAUGCAAUAGUAUGUGAUUAGAUCACUGAUUACUGGCAUGAGCAUAGACCAUCAUUAAAUCACUGACAAACAAAGUUUAUAUACCAACAGAUACUGAAUCCACACUGAGUAUGGCCAACAUUAGGAACACCUUCCUAAUAUUCAGUUGCACCCCCUUUUGCCCUCAGAACAGCCUCAAUACAUCAGUGCAUGGACUCUACAAGUUGACGAAAGCGAUCCACAUGUUGACUCCAAUGCAUCCCACAGUUGUGUCAAGUUGGCUGGAUGUUCUUUGGGUGGUGGACCAUUCUUGAUGAACACGGGAAACUGUUGAGCGUGAAAAACCUAGCGGCGUUGCAGUUCUUGACACAUACACAAUCCAUGUUUCAAUUGCCUCAAGGCUUAAAAAUCCUUCUUUAACCUGUCUCCUCCCCUUCAUCUACUCUGAUUGAAGUGGAUGUAACAAAUGACAUCAAUAAGGGAUCAUAGCUUUCACCUGGAUUCACCUGGUCAGUCUAUGUCAUGGAUAGAGCAGGUGUUCUUAAUGUUUUGUACACUCAGUGUAUAUUGAUAGUCUCUACUCUGUCUAAAACAGAGGACAGAAACACUUUUAUUCCUGUUGGUGUGAUGCCAAGUAAGCUGUAUAAGCCCCUUGCGAGAGGAGGAGUGAGUCCAAAUGAAUUGCUCCUGCCUGCUGCCUGCUGGGCUUUUAUUGAAGCCAGAUCAAUGGUGGUUGACACCAGUCAGGUGGACUUAACCUCCCCGCCAGUACAGAACAUCCACCAUCCAUCCCACAGACUGCUGUAAAACUGUCUCCAAUGCUUUAAACCAGGAAUUCCCUCUCAGCACCUGUGUGUGUGUGUGUGUGUGUGUGUUUGUGCACACACUUUCUUUGGCCCAUCUUUAAUCAUACUGUCCUGUCUGCUUCUCUCUCAGAUAUGCCACUGCCCCAGGAGCUUCCAGACAACUCUGUAACGUCUCCCUUUGAUGAACUGUCACAACAACUACAACCCGCUGAUGAGACGGAGCAGCUCGGCCAGGUGAGAUGGAGUGUGUAUGUGUGUCAGGGGAGGGUUAAGAGCAGCGAGUGAUGUGUUUGAUGGCGUGUCCUGUGUUGGUGAUCAGGGAUUACUCUGUGGUGAUCAGGACACCUGCUAAAAUGAGAUGAGGUACCAGGAGAGUACUGGCUCAGGUUCGGCAAACUCCAGGGAUCAAUGGCUACCAGCGGAGGCCAGAACGCCUGGCCUGGCAUGUAGCAUGUUGUUUCUAUUCAGCUCCACCAACAGGGCUAUGUGCUGGGUGCUGCCCCAGGAGGAUGAGUGCGAGGUGGGGGAGGUGGGGGUGGGGGACUUCAUCCCUGGGACUUUCACCCUGCCGUCUCUCAGGCAGUCCAUGAAGGACAGGCUGGCCGGGCUGCCGAAUGAGGUGACCUCCUGCGUGGCCCACGAGCAGGCAGCCGACAGGAUCGCUCUGCUGGGAGUACUGUAGUGCCUCUCUGUAUUGUAGCUACUGUACUGCAGGGUUGAAGUCCAUUCAAAUUGAUGUCACUCAACCCAGGAAGUGAUUUUGAAUUUUUUUUAAUUAAAUGUAAAAACGUUUGAAAUAAUUAGCUUCGCCUUUUCAGUUUAUUGAGAAAUCAUUGAAAACGGAUGCGAUUAUUGAAUUGGAAUUUGAGUUUAUUUCCUGAAUUGACUGACCUCAAUUCGAAUUGACCUGCUGUAUUGUACUGCACUGAUGAUGCAUUGGUGCUGUAGCUAGUGUAGUGUUCUGAUGUUAUUGCCUGGGAAGGAGAGUUUUUACUCUUGAGGUCUUACUGUAGGUAACAUAGGAUACACGCUCCCGAGAGACACACAGAGAACAAAUGUUACAGGAAAAAAUAAGCCCAUAAAUGUUCAUGCUUAUUUUCACCUUUGUCCACGUUUGCUUCUAUUUCAGAGGGUAUUUUAAAGCUGGAUUGCAGCAAUAGCCUUAACCAGAGGGAUUUAUCAGUUUGUCAGCACUUUAUUAGAAUUAUGAGGACAAAUGGGCAGAGCUCUGGCUGGGGAUCCUUCCUGUUAUAUCUGCUACUGGGGGUUUCCUGAUGUGUGUGUGUUCACCGCUGAUUGUGCUGCCUUUCUUUGGCAAAAUCUACUGAAGAUCUUUGUCACGACUUCCUCCGAAGCUGCCUCCUCUCCUGGUUCGGGCAGGCUUCGGCGUUCAUAGUCACCGGCCUUCUAGCCACUGCCGCUCCUCAUCUCAUCAUUCCAUUUGUUUUGUCUUGUUUAUUACACACACCUGGUUCAUAUCCCCUCAUUAGGACUUGUAUAAGUGUUCCCUCUGCCCCCUUGUCCUUGUGUGUGAUUGUUUAUUGUGAGGAGAGUGUAGCUCGGUUGAGCUCCGUGUAUUUUGUACUGCCGGGGUAUUACUGUUUGACGCAUUUCUGCGUAACUCUGUAUUCCGGAAUAAAUUAUGUAUUCUGUGAUUUACCCUCCUGCGCCUGACUCCUUCAAAUCACCCAUCACAGACAUGCUUGUUCAGUGACUAGACUCCCGGUCAGGGGCGGUGUGUUCAUUAGGGCGAUAUGGGCGACGCACUGCCAAACGGGAAAAGGAAGGUUUUUUUUUCUAAUCAAUUAUAUCACGGCAACAGUAGUUAUCAGUGUUCUAAUCUAGACGUCUGAUCUGCCACUAAAUGUCCAAUCAGGCUAAAGUCGUGCUUCAAAUGUCCCCGCCCGUUUUGGGGCGAUUUCAGUCAGGUUGAAAAUCGCCCAGAAGUCUCUCAUAGCCUCUAAUGUAAAAUCAAUUUUUUUCAAAUAUCAGAGCUUUCAAUACAAUCUCUAUGGGUUUCUGAGGGCUUGCACUUACGCGCUUUCGUCAUACGUAACAUAACCAUGAACGUAACUAAGAAAAGAGCGGGUAGCCUCAUCAAUCAAUUCACUACUACUGUCAAAAUGGCUAGCCUUCAGUGCAACUCGAUUGUCUCUUUGAAAGAAGUUCCUUUUUGUCGGCGAACAAAUCAAGAUAAAUUGGCAACGAAACAAUUAGGACCUCCCAGACCAAAUUUAAUAAUUCAACAGGUUUCUACUAAGCAGAGUCGUGAACACUGUCUACGAGAAUCGAGACGACCUCAUAGAAUGUUUUGAAGCCAUUCGGACGGGUUCAUUGGGUUCAUUUGACCAGUCCACCGUGAGAGAGGCAUCUGGCUACGUGAGGAUGCUACAUGAUGAAGAUUUUAUUUUUUUCCUGCGGCUUUUUCACAAAAUCAUGCCCCACGUCGACAUUCUGUACCAGAAGCUACAGAAGAAGGACAUCGAUGCUGUCUUUAUCAAACGUGCCCUCGACAGCUUCACAAGCAGUGUGCAGGCCAUAAGGUAAGAUUAAACAAUAUCAUUCGAUCUUUCUCAAAGCAGAGCUUUAUUUGAAAAUGUAUGCAUGAAAGGAGACUGCAUUUGUGUUUGAAAUUACAUUAUUCUCAUUAUAUAUGGCCAGUGGUGUAAUCUAGCUUAUUUUAUAUACUAUGUGUACUGUACAGUGGUGCUCAUAAGUGUAUGAACACAUUCUAAAGUUGACUAAAAAGAGGAAUAAAAAAAUAAAAAAAUCAUCUUUUGGAAAUUGAUCUUAAUGACUUAAUUAAAAAAGUUGGAAAAUCCAACCUUUAAGGACACCAAUUUUCUUUUCUUUUUUAUUCCUCUUUUUAGUCAACUUUAGCAUGGGAUCAUAAGCUUAUGAGCACCACUGUAUACUGUGCUGAACAUCCAGGCUAUGUGAGACACAAAGGCUAACUUAAACACUAAAGACUUUAUGCAUCCCUGCCCAUUUUAAGUGGAACUGAAGUAUUUGUACUAUACAUGGAUACAUUGCAUAUACCUGUGCAUCACAUAGACAACAGUACUGUACAAAGCCAACAAACACAUUGGUCUGUUUGCCUUCAGGGACUCCUCUCAACAGCAGCUGCAAGAAGCAACAGGAGCCAAAAGACCCAGAACAGCUUUGAGAGAAGAGGAGAAGCAGAGGCUGUCUGAAGAGGUCUGCAACACCAUCCUGGAUCACACCAAAGAAAGGUUCUCUUUCUCUGGCCACCUUGUGAGUGCUACCUUACUGCAAGCAGACAUGUUUGAAAGGUACUGCCAUUCAUUUCCUGAUGAGGCUCUGAAUGCCACUGUGAAUGCAUACCCCAUGCUGAGCAAGGCAAAGCUCAAGACAGAACUAUCUCUGAUCUAUGAGAAUCCUGAAUUCAAGGGAUGCUGUGGUGCACUGGCACUGUACCAGGUUCUCAUGAGCUACAACCUCCAGGAGACGUUCUGUGAGACUGUGACUCUGUUGAACAUCCUCAUAACUACUCCCAUGACAACAGCUGAAGCUGAGAGAUGUUUCUCAACUUUGACACGAGUUAAGACAUUCCUGCGAAAUUCAAUGGGCCAGGAACAUCUGAAUGCACUGGCCAUGCUUUCCAUGGAGAGGGAACUAGUCCUCAGCAUGCCUGAUUUCAAUGAGAAAGUCAUUGAACGCUUUGCUGUAUUGAAACAGAGAAGAGAACAGUUUCAGUACAAGUAAUGUAGCCUCUCUCUCUCUUUGUCCCUCCCUGUCUGUCUCUUUAACACACACACGCCCAAAUCAGUUCACAGUUGAUGUUGUUUAAAAUAGUUAUUUUUCAUUUAAAAAAAAGUUUUUAAAAAAAUAAUCUGUUCAUGUUCAUUUUUACAAAUCUAUACAAUUGGCCAGAAUAUGGUUGUUCAUAUUUACAAAUCUAUACAAUUGGCCAGAAUAUGGUUGUUCGUUUUUACAAAGCCAUACAGAUAGCUGUGUUUACCUUUUCUAUAAAUUACUUUCAAAUUCUGUUUUCAGGCAAAAUGUCUAUCACUGUUCAUUUUCACAAAUCUAUACAAGAGGGCAGAAUAUGGAAGUCUAUAAAAAUGUCUUAUUACCAAUAACUUGCAUCAAUGUUUUCAGUAGCCUCUAUCAAAAGCUCCUGCUUGCUUGUUGUGAAUUAUGCUCAGGUGCACAUAUUUCCAAUUCAACCAUGAGGCAAAAAAUGUGGUAAAAGCUCUUGUUGAUCCUGCAAUCUGAACAAAUACCAAGAUGCUGUAUUUUCAGCUGAUAUUUCAUUUGUUUAUGGAAAUGCAUAUUGUUUAUGCAGUGUUGAGGAAUGUGAAAGAACACCCUUGAUUAUUUUUACUGUGAUAACUUAUUUUGAUUUUGUAAGCCAACACUUUUGAGAUCAGUCAAUAAAUGCUUCUGGUAUUGACUUAUAUGCUGCCCCUGUCUUCAUGUUGUUGCUGGACAUAUCUUUUUAAAAAUGUGUGUAGGUCACCUAAAUCAUCAGAAAAAUUGCCCCCCCCUGAGAAUUUUUUCAGGAGCCGCCACUGCUCCCGGUUAUGUAUCAGAUAUCAAAUUAAAUUUUAUUUGCCACAUGCGCCGAAUACAACAGGUGUAGACAUUACAGGGAAAUGCUUACUUACAAGCCCUUAACCAACAAUGCAAAGUAAAACAAAUAAAAAAAGUGUUAAGCAAAAAAAAUGUAAGCAAAUAACUAAAGAGCAGCAGUAAAAUAAAAUAACAGUAGGGAGGCUAUAUACGGGGGUACCGGUGCAGAGUCAAUGUGCGGGGGCACAGGCUAGUCGAGGUAACUGAGAUAAUAUGUACAUGUGGGUAGAGUUAAAGUGACUAUGCAUAAAUAAUAAACAGAGUAGCAGCAGAGUAAAAAAGGGGGACGGGGUGGGGGUGGGGGGGGGGGCAGUGCAAAUUGUCCGGGUAGCCAUGAUUAGCUGUUCAGGAGUCUUAUGGCUUGGGGGUAGAAGCUGUUGAGAAGCCUUUUGGACCUAGACUUGGCGCUCCGGUACCGCUUGCCGUGCGGUAGCAGAGAGAACAGUCUAUGACUAGGGUGGCUGAAGUCUUUGACAAUUUUGAGGGCCUUCCUCUGACACCGCCUGGUAUAGAGGUCCUGGAUGGCAGGAAGCUUGGCCCCAGUGAUGUACUGGGCCGUACGCACUACCCUCUGUAGUGCCUUGCGGUCGGAGGCCGAGCAGUUGCCAUACCAGGUGGUGAUGCAACCAGUCAGGAUGCUCUCGAUGGUGCAGCUGUAUAACUUUUUGAGGAUCUGAGGACCCAUGCCAAAUGUUUUCAGUCUCCUGAGGGAGAAUAGGGUUGUCGUGCCCUCUUCACGACUGUCUUGGUGUGUUUGGACCAUGAUAGUUCAUUGGUGAUGUGGACACCAAGGAACUUGAAGCUCUCAACCUGUUCCACUACAGCCCCGUCGAUGAGAAUGGGGGCGUGCUCAGUCCUCUUUCUUUUCCCUGUAGUCCACAAUCAUUUCCUUUGUCUUGAUCACGUUGAGGGAGAGGUUGUUAUCCUGGCACCACACGGCCAGGUCUCUGACCUCCUCCCUAUAGGCUGUCUCAUCGUUGUCGGUGAUCAGGCCUAAUGAAGGUGUUGGAGUCGUGCCUGGCCAUGCAGUCAUGGGUGAACAGUGAGUACAGGAGGGGACUGAGCACGCACCCCUGAGGGGCCCCCGUGUUGAGGAUCAGCAUGGCAGAUGUGUUGUUACCUACCCUAUCAUGCUGUUAGUUGCUCUGUCUCAUGUCUUAUGAAAAACGUUUGACAAAAUAAGUAUUUUCUAAUUUAAUCUAAUUUAUUAAUUUAGGUUGAAUCAUUAUGAUAAUAACACAAAUAUUUAAAACUCCUAGAUUAUGUUUGCAUCCCAAAUUACACCCUGUUCCCAAUAGAGUACAAUCCUUUUGACCAGAGCUCUAUGGGCCCUGGUCAACAGUAGUGCACUAUAUAGGGAAUAGGGUGCCAUUUGGAAUGUAACCAUGAUGUGUCAGGCUUUGGCCCAUGCCCAGUGACUCCUAUAGCAGUGUUUACCCACAGUGUCCAAAUCUCUCUGAUCCUGUAUUCCCCAUUACCAUGAUACAGCAGCCUGGCUUAAACCUAUGGGCUCUGGUCAAAAGUAGUGCACUAUAUAGGGAAUAGGGUGUCAUUUAGGAUGCAGACCUGGCUCUCUUCACUUUCUGCCUCUCCAAAUCCAGAGGUUUGACAGACAUGCUCUCGGAACUACAGAAGGGGUCGAUGAUUUAAACUGACAUUAUGAUUAGGUGCUUGUCAAAGUAGAUUCAGGGCUGAGUAAAAGGGCAGUCAUUUGAUAUUCAGAGCUGAAAUUAGAAUCUCUCCUAACUCGUCUUCUGUUUCCUCAGAAUGUUGAGACGGUGUGCUUGCUGUACCAGACCUUCCCAGAGGGCCGUUGGGCAGCGGGGGCAGUGGUGGUGGGGGGCCAGAGGAACCCCUACUCCAUGGAGCCCCCCGGUCCCCAGACCCAGAAGCCCCCCUGCCCCAGACACAUGUCCAUCUCUGAGAGGCUCUGUAAGGUCAUACAGGAACUGGUGGACACAGAGAAGUCCUACGUCAAGGUAUACACCUGGCCCAUAUUUCACCAAGUGUCUCAGAGUAGGAGUGCUGAUCUAGGAUCAGUUUUGCCUUUUAUAUUGUAAUGAAUAGACAGAGGGGAUCUGAUCCUAGAUCAGCACUCUUGCUCUGAGACACAUUAUGAACACACAUUAUGAACACACAUUCAAGCCCUAUCUAAGAGAGUGCUUGAACAUCCUCUGUGGGGAUUUAUAAUUGAUGGUCUCGCUUUAUUAAUGAUCUGCCUGUUAGUGAAUGGUUUCUAAGUGCCUGUUUGUUAAUGAUCUUUAGUAGCAUUUAGUGUAAUGUAUAUUUAUUUGCCAUCUGUUUCUGUAACACCCAUGUGUCAGGCUGAGAAGAAUGAUGAUGUCACAGACUGAUAGUGAUUAUGUUUCAGUCUGAUAGUGAUGUUGUCACAGUCUGAUAGUGACGAUGUCACAGUCUGAUAGUGAUGCUGUCACAGUCUGAUCGUGAUGAUUUCCCAAUCUGAUAGUGAGGAUGUUACAGUCUGAUAGUGAUGAUGUCACAGUCUGAUAGUGAUGAUGUCUCAGUCUGAUAGUGAUGACGUCACAAUAGUGAUGAUGUCACAGUCUGAUAGUGAUGACGUUAUAGUCUGAUAGUGAUGAUGUUAUAUUCUGAUAGUGAUGAUGUUAUUGUCGGGUAGUGGUGAUACCACAGUCUAAUGAAGUUCCUUCUCCGUCUCUGUCCCUCAGGACCUGUGCUGUCUGUUUGACAUCUACCUGACGCCUCUACAGAGUGAGACCUUCCUCAGCCACCAUGAGGUACAGGGGGGGGGGGGGGGGGGGGGGCAUAAAAAAUAUAUAGCCUACAUGUAACAUGUCUAAAGGUAGGCUAUACACAUGUAAAAUACAAUAACAUUACAGUAUGUGCUUAUUUAAUUGUAACUUGUUAGUAAACUGUAUGUUAGUGUGACAACCGGGGUUCGAACCCGGGUGUUAGCGAGCUAACGCUAGUCUUCAGAUCUCAGACAAGGCUAUCCAUCGCAUGAGCGUGGUUCCCAACCAACUCCGUUACAUUAGCUGUAAAUCUCUUUGUCUUCUAUUCUGUACUUUUUUUGGCAUUUCAGUUUGCUAUGUAGUGUAUGUACAGUAGCUAAAUGGUGCCAAUAAAGGCUUUCUAAUGAUCAAUAAUCUUCUGUCCUCUGGUUAGUUUCUAACUGUUGUCAUCUCCUCCCUCCACUAGAUGGAGUCUCUGUUUGGCAGUCUGCCUGAGAUGCUGGACUUCCAGAGAGUGUUCCUACACACCCUGGAGGAGCGCAUCGCCUCCUCCCCCAACUUCAGCUCCCUGGAGUCCCCCGAACAGUUCAAGGUACAGUAUAUCCACAACAAGUCUGGAGAGAUGUGUGAAAUGGCACCCUAUUCCAAUAGGGUUCAGGUCAAAAGUAGUGCACUAUGUAGGGAAUAGUGUGCCAUUUGGGACGUAACUUGGAGGUCUAGUGAGAAAGCGUCACACUUCAUUAACAGGAUGUUAGCCUACUGACUGCAGUGUUAGUCAGCGGUAGAACUGUUUGAUGUUUACAGGAAGUGACUGUGCAUUCUCUCUUCUUUCUCUUUCUGCAUCCAGAAACUUCUUCUCUCGCUGGGGGGCUCCUUCCUCUACUAUGCCGACCACUUCAAGCUCUACAGCGGCUUCUGUGCCAACCACAUCAAAGUCCAAAAGGUUCUGGAACGAGGUAAGGGUGAUAGCUACGCUACCUCAUGUACAGUUGAUCUGAACAUCCCACUUACAGUACCCGGUUAAACCAUAGGCUGGUGAAAAUUCUAAGGAUCAAAAGUCUGCUUUCUCAUGUACACUAGACCAGAAUAUCCCGCCUACUCAGUUCAUCAUAAAAUGCCACCUGCAAGUGCAAAGGCAGGGAAUCAAUGCCUGCAUCAAUGCCUGCUUUUGAGAUUCAUCCACACACUUAGCCUAAAUCCUAAUUUUCGGUUUAUAGCGAAGACGGACCGGGCCUUCAAGCAGUUCCUGGAGGCGAGAAACCCCACCAAGCAGCACUCGUCCACCCUGGAGUCCUACCUCAUUAAGCCAGUCCAGAGGGUGCUCAAGUACCCCCUGCUGCUCAGAGAACUGGUCUCCCUGACCGACUCAGAGAGCGAGGAGCAUAGCCACCUCACAGGUAUGACUACAUAUGACAGGGCUUAUGUACAGUAUGAGCAUGCAUAGACUCACACAGGGACGUAUACACACACACACACACACACACACACACACACACACAGAAACCAUAAGACACACACACACACACACACACACACACACACACACACACACACAGAGAAACCAUAAGACACACACACACACACAGAGAGAAACCAUAAGAAACACACACACACACACAGAAACCAUAAGACACACACACACACACAGAAACCAUAAGACCAUUGCCAGGUCUAUGUGCUAGGCUUGAGCUCUAUUAACGUGUGCUGUAACACUUCUCUGUCUGUCUGUGUCUCCGUCCAUCAGAGGCCCUGAGAGCCAUGGAGAAGGUGGCCAGUCACAUCAAUGAGAUGCAGAAGAUCUACGAGGACUACGGCACUGUGUUUGACCAGCUGGUGGCAGAGCAGAUUGGCCCUGAGAAAGAGGUAGAGCAUAGCCACCACACAUAAUAUUGAUAUGAGUGAUAUUACAAAAUAUAUUGGUCCUGUGUGGCUCAGUUGGUAGAGCAUGGUGCUUGCAACGCCUGGAUUGUGGGUUUGAUUACCGCUGUGGCCACCAUAUGAAAAUGUAUGGAAUCAUGCGAUUGUAAGUUGCUUGUAAGUCAUGUUGGAUAAAAGCAAAGCAGUCUGCUAAAUGACAUACACUAUAUAUACAAAGGUAUGUGGACACCCCUUCAAAUUAGUGGAUUCGGCUAUUUCAGCCACACCCGUUGCUGACAUGUGUAUAAAAUCGAGCACACAGCCAUGCAAUCUCCAUAGACAAACAUUGGCAGUAGAAUGGCCUUACUGAAGAGAUCAGUGACUUUCAACGUGGCACCAUCAUAGGAUGCCACCUUUCCAACAAGUCAGUUCGUAACAUUUCUGCCCUGCUAGAGCUGCCCAGGUCAACUGUAUGUGCUGUUAUUGUGAAACGUCUCGGAGCAACAACGGCUCAGCCGCGAAGUGGUAGGCCACACAAGCUCACAGAACGGGACCGCCAAGUGCUGAAGCAAGUAGCGCGUAAAAGUUGUCUGUUCUCAGUUGCAACACUCACUACUGAUUUCCAAACUGCCUCUGGAAGCAACGUCAGCACAAUAACUGUUUGUCGGGAGCUUCAUGAAAUGGGUUUCCAUGGCCGAGCAGCUGCUCACAAGCCUAACAUCAGUGCAAAGUGUCGGCUGCAGUGGUGUAAAGCUCGCCGCCAUUGGACUCUGGAGCAGUGGAAAUGCAUUCUCUGGAGUGAUGAAUCACGCUUCCCCAUCUGGCAGUCCGACGGAGUUUGGCGGAUGCCAGGAGAACGCUACCUGCCCGAGUGCAUAGUGCCAACUGUAAAGUUUGGUGGAGGAGGAAUAAUGGUCUGAGGCUGUUUUCAUGGGGGCUAGGCCCCUUAGUUCCAGUGAAGGGAAAUCUUAACGCUACAGCAUACAAUGACAUUCUAUGCUUCCAACUUUGUGGCAACAGUUUGGGGAAGGUCCUUUCCUGUUUCAGCAUGACAAUGCCCCCGUGCACAAAGCGAGGUCCAUACAGAACUUGACUGGCCUGCACAGAGCCCUGACCUCAACCCCAUCGAACACCUUUGGGAUGAAUUGUAACACUGACUGCGAGCCAGGCCUAAUCACCCAACAUCAGUGCACAACCUCACUAACGCUCCUGUGGCUGAAUGGAAGCAUGUCCCCGCAGUAAUGUUCCAACAUCUAGUGGAAAGCCUUCCCAGAAGAGUGGAAGCUGUUAUAGCAGCAAAGGGGUUACCAACUCCAUAUUAAUACCCAUGAUUUUGGAAUGACAUGUUCGACGAGCAGGUGUCCACAUACUUUUGGUCAUAUAGUGUAGAUACAUUAUAGUAUUUUUAUACAAUUACAUGAAUCACAGUGAGACCUUUAACCACCAACCUCCCAGACUAAGUGUCCUCCUCUUUUCUCCCCAGAGGACAGAGAUCUCCAUGGGAGAGUUCCUCAUCCACUCCUCUUUAAAGUGGCUCAACCCUCUCCCCUCCCUGGGUCGCAUGAGGAAACAUCCUGAGCUAACGCUGUUUGGUGAGUGGGGCUUUUUACAAUGACGAGUUGGACCAUAAUUACUGACUGGCUGAUAUGGUGUGCGUGUUUAUUACAGCAAUCAAGAAAUAUCUGAUUUAGCAUUGAGUUGCUCCUGCCUCUGUCCUCAGUUUUCAAGAGAGCGGUGAUCCUGGUGUACCGUGAGCGAAGAAAGAUGAGGAAGAGGAUGGUGAGUCUCACUCUCAUCAAACACAUCUGAUAAACUGUACUGAUGACUUCAUGCUAUAUACAUUUGAUAUGACUUUAUUGGAGUUCUAAUGUGUUUAUAUGCUACAGACCACGUCACGCUCAGGGGACCUGGAGGCCUUCAAGUUCCGCUGGCUCGUCCCGGUGUCGGCGGUGCAGGUCCGCCCGGGGAACGCAGCAGGAACGGAGAGCCCAUGUAUCUGGGAGCUGGUCCAUACCAAGUCUCAGUUAGAGGGGAGACCAGAGACCGUGUUCCAGCUCUGCAGCAGGUGACAGAUUACAUUGAAAAUGACAGAGAUAAUGGAUGUUUUAUCUGUUGUGAAAAAGCCAGAAGAACAAAAUAUAUACAUUUGAAUUAACAUGGCAGUGCCUAAUUGACUUGAUCUCAUAUGGGUCUAUAUGUGUCUUUUCCAGUGGUUUGGAGAAUAAGGCAAGCGUAGUGAAAGCUCUUCGCUCCCUUCGAGACUGGACCUCUAGGCCCCUCCUAUCAGAGAGAGGUUCUAGGGAGUACCAAGGCUCCCUCCGUAGGACCCAGCCUGCACCGGUCAGAGCCGGCUCCUGGAGAAGACAACAAGAACUGCAGGCCAUGAGGACUGCAGGCCACCAACACCAUUCUGAUGACAGCAGCGUGUCCAGCGGAGCCCCCCAACUCUGCCCGGGAGACACCCACUCGGAGCCACAGCUCCCCAGCCACUCCACCAUGGGCCUCUCCAGCCUGGAGGGUACCAUGCUGGGCAAGAGGGCCCGGCUGUGCUCCCUGACCAGCGCCCUGGAGGCCCAGCUCCAGAGACUCAACUUCACAGAAGAGGCCGGGCCGAGGAGUGCUGUGUCCCAGCAGGAGCACCUCAGACAGGGGGUCCCCCGGCCCCACCUGCCCCAUCCUGCUGCCCAGAGGAGGGCUAGCAGUCUGCAGGGUCCAGGAGGGCAGGAUAAUGACCCCCAGUGUGUGGACCUUAACGCCCUACUGGGGAAGGACUUCAGUGUGCAGAGCCUGACCUCUGUG